CCUCCCUCCUGCUUACUGUGUCCUCCAUCUCUCCGCUUUCUCUCAUUUUCUUAUAUUAAGGACAUUCUCACUUCCAGAGACUGCUGCAGUUCCUUCGUCAUAUGUUAUUUUUUUAAUCUCAACAGAGCUCUUGGAGAGUGAAGCAGCACAGAGCUGACCUUAUAAAGAAUCCUCCUGACCAGACCACACCUCUGUCCCUGAGUCCAUGGAAGCCAAGGCCAAGUCCGGGGCUACAGCACCCAAGGCGGCACCUAAAGUGGAGAAGAAGGAGCCAGCAGCCCCACGCAAGGCUGAUCCUGCCCCUGCAGCCCCUGCAGCCCCUGAAGUCCCUGCAGCCCCUGAGCCCGAGCUUCCUCAUGCCCAGGAUGGGGCAGCAGAAGCAGAAGCAGAGGCGGCAGGUGACGAGGCUGCGGCCUCCGGCACAGACUCUCUGGAACACCUGAAACCUUUUAUCAUUGGUGGAGCAGUUAUUGCUGCAGGAGCCAUCUUGCUGGGAGUGUUGCUACUGGCACGGAGAAAUUAAAUCAUUAUCUCAAAUUAAAGUAUGAAUUGGAUGAUGAGUUAGAGCAUUGUUAUAGAGUGGUUCACAGACUAUUAUGGUAUAGGGGGAAUGGGAGCCACUGUGCGUCUUAUGUUUGUUUGUGUUUUGGCCUGCUUUCACUUGUAGUGAAUCAAACCAUUCCAUUUUUGACAUGGAGCAUAAUUACACAUAAUAUAUGCAUGAUGUUGCUUCAUUACUGCAUCUGUACUGUAAUCAAUUCCUUUAAAAAAACCACUGUAGUUCUGAGCUACAAAGCCUCAACUCUUUAAAAGUAGUUUAUUCAACUGCUUUAUCUUAUCUAAUGCAGUUUACAUUAUAUAUUGACAUCCUAGCAAUAUUUGUGAAUUCUUACUCUGAAAAUCUGCUGGUUCACUAAAUAAUAAUGAAAAACUAUCCACAAUCUUGAAACAUUACAAUUGUAAUACUGGCUAUCAGAGUUGUUGUAGGUCUUAUUUGACUUAUUUUUUGUUUUUAAACUAUCUAAAGGGAAGACCUGAAAUUAGAUGAAACUAUGCAUUGUGAUGUAUUGCACAUAUUUUGGCUAAACAAAUGCCUAAAUGAUGGGAUUCAGUUAAGAGACACUGCAUACCCAAAACAUGUCAAAGGGUACAGUGCAAUACAAAAUAAAAUAUAAGCAUGCAGUGGUUUAAGAAAUGGGAUGUAGAGGAUUGUAAGAGAUAAAACAUGUACAGUAUGUUUUAGAUAAUAAUAGUGAAGUUACCUCUUGCUGUAGAAUAAGAAAGAGUUAUUUUUCUGUCAAAUGAUGUCACAAAUCAAUUAACCUUUCAUGUCUCACACACCAUCCACAGUGGUGUGGGUUCAUUCUGUUUUACAUCUUACAGUAGAUACUUUGCUGUAACAGGGUGGACAGCCAUUAGUCUUGCAUUAUCAGGUUCAAAGCCUGCUUCAUUGUUUAUGUCUUCAUUGUGUUCCACUAAUGUAGUUUUAGGAAAAAAUCGAUACGUGUAACUGUUAUUUAAUGAGAGCAGCGUAUGUUUCUACUACAUUGAAAGUAGGGUGUAGCGCACUUUAGGGGAGGAAAAAAAGUGAAGCAUUAACAAUUAUUAAGCAGCAACACUCACCUGUUCAGCUGUACACAAUAGUGCCCACUUACAUGUACUGUCAAAGCCAUAGGGAGGCCCUCUGCUCCAUAAGAUAACAGAAAGACAGUUCUGAUUCGCACCAUUAUUUUAUACAAGUUGUAACAGUACUUGUGAAUUUCACAACACAUUACUGGCAAAAAAAUAGUAUACAAACAUACCUCAGUGAACACCAAAACACAACCAAUAGAUGGUAGGCCAACACCAAAACAAACUUCACCCGACAUUGUACAAUACAGUGUACUUAAAAAAAAAAUCCUAUUUUCAUUAUUUCAACAGCGUAUAAAUGCAAUAAUUCAGAUAGGACUCCUUAUUUAGCACUUGUGCCGUAGCAAGUUAAACUACAUAAAUAAUGAUGUAAUAAUAUUGUUGGUAGUGAUUAUGAUGUAUAUUAAAGAUGGCAACAAUGGCGAUGUAUGUUGAUGGCAAUGAUGGCGUCUUUCAUGGUGACUAAUGAUAAUGACAGUUAUGAUAUAUUUUUUAUAUAUUUCUAACAUUUGUUCCUUAUGCACACACCCUUCUGCCCUCAAACUUCUAAAUGUAAAAAGGAAAUAAACACAAUCCAACCUUUAAUAAAGACAGUGAACCAGCCCAAGUGUGUAUUUCAAUCAUUCAGAAUUAAGGAUCAUAUAUUGCAGCUCAAUUAAUUAAUUAACAAUUAUUCAUUUGAGUUGAAGAUUCAACUUGAUUGUCAUUACAUAGUACAGACUAGUAACAAAACGGUUUCUCUGCAUUUGACCCAUCCUAAUGUUAGCAGUGGGCUGCCAUUAUGUACGGCACCUUGGGAGCAGUGUGAGGGAACAGUGCCUUGCUCAGGGACACCUUGAUAGCACUCGCCACCACCGCAAGCUUAAUUUGGGCCUAAUAAAUCUUCAUGCAGAUGUCCUAUGAGCAGUCAGAACACACUUCAUUACCAAUCUCUAGACUGGUUUACGAAAUAAAGAAAGAUACACUUUGAAACGUGUAACAGGGGCAAGUUUAUCAGAAUAAAGUGAGAGAGAUGUCAGCAAGAGCAUGUUUCUAAUCCUAGGUCUGCUCUGUGAAAAACACCACUGCACAAAAUGGUAGCGUGUUUAGGGGCACCUGCAAUUUGUCAGUAUACAGUGUACACCAUGGUAUACACACAUAUUACAGUGGCAGUCACAAAUGUACAUUCUUACUGGAGUCAAACCGAGUAAAACCCAAUGCAGUGUGAGUGACACAACAGCCCUGUAAGAGUGUUGUAGCUUCAUGGAGGUUGUUAAUGUAUUAUCAGUUAUUUGUAUCAACUUUGUAAUGCAUUUAGUCAACGUCAUGAGCCAUUUUGGAGAUCUAAGUUUGUAGCAGAUUAAAUCUUGUAUGUUAUAUACAGGCCAUUCUUGUAAUACCACUGAGGGGGUAUUUAAUAAACUGUAAACUAAGAAUAAGUAAGCCUUUGUAAGAGUUGCGCUUUUAUUUUGAAGGAAACGGGCAGGAAGUGUGCAUCGAGUUAACGAGGGAUUCUAAGCUACGCAGCUACCAUCACUUUCUUGCUGCUCGUUUCUCUCAUAAUAACAUACAAUUCAACGUUUUUUGUAAACUAUAUUGCUUACGGUAGCAGUUACCAGAUGUGUUUCCCUCUGCCCAGGUGUGCUACAAUGAUCAUCCCUGUCCGGUGCUUUACGUGUGGGAAGAUCGUGGGAAACAAAUGGGAGGCAUACCUCGGCCUACUUCAAGCCGAGUACACUGAGGGUGAUGCUCUCGAUGCCCUGGGCCUGAAGAGGUACUGUUGUCGGCGGAUGCUCCUGUCUCAUGUGGAUCUUAUUGAGAAGUUGUUGAAUUAUGCCCCUCUGGAGAAGUGAUCAUAUCUGGCCACCUUCAAGAACAGCAUGGACUUUGUAGGGUUGUUGCAUGGGUAGAUUGAAUGUCCAUGCAACAGCUUUGUUAGUAUAUUGAUGUGACCACAGACUACAGUGAAGACUAAUGGAACAUACUUUUUUUUUGGUUUAAUGCAUUUUUCUAAAUAAAGCUGUUAAAUGACACUGUUA